GUUUUCCUGCUGUUUUUUUUUCUGUGUGUGUUUUGGAGGGGAAGCGAGGAAAGCAGAGGUUACAGCUUGAGGUUUGAAUAUCCAUUCCAACGACCUUACAGCGAAAUUGCUUUGAACUCACCAGAAAAAUCGACAUAGAAAAACGACAGCUGUAAAAAGGGGAAGAAAGAAAGAACUGUGAUUACAGCAACGAAUGAUAUGACAACACUUUCCUCAAUACCAGCACCGGAGAUGCGUCCGCAUUCACCGUAUAGACCACCGGGAGAUAAAUCUGCGUGGUCAACGAAAACUAAUUUAGAGCGAGUUAUUUGGAUUCUGCAAACACCGUUCCGUACUCUUUUAUGUCUGUCAAAUGUUACUGUCUUUUUUGUCACCUAUUUUGGCUUUAUGCUUCCAAUUCUUUGGGCCCGAUCUUUAUGGCCGAGACUGUAUUGGUUUUAUGAAGGGAAACUUUAUUCUUGGUUACAAGCAUUCAUUGGUUAUGCCGGCUAUACUGCUGGAUAUGAUGUGUAUGAAUACGGCGAUGACGUUAGAAAAUUAUGUGUUGAUGAACGGAUUAUUCUUAUGUGCAAUCAUCAGAGUACCGCGGAUGUUCCUAUUUUGAUGACUACUCUCCAAAGCAAAGGAGUUGCGAGUAGAAAGACAUUAUGGUUGAUGGAUGUUAUGUUUCGAUGGACACCUUUCGGAAUUAUUGCUCAGAUGCAUGGUGAUUAUUUUAUUAAACAAGGGAAAGCAACACGAGAAAAGGAGCUGAUUCGUUUAAAGGAUCAUUUACGGAAAGUUUUUUGGGAUCGUGACAGGCGUUGGAUUAUUCUGUUCCCAGAAGGCGGUUUCUACUACAAAAGAAUUCAGUCUAGUCAGAAGUACGGUUAUGAAAAUGGCUACCCCCACCUGGAACAUGCAACAUUACCCCGUUAUGGUGCUAUUAAAGCAAUUAUGGAGGAAGUUGGUCCAAAGAAAGGUUACAAAUACACAGAUGGUAUAAACACGUCUGAAAACGGUAGCAAAUUGCAGCUUAUUCGGGAUACAGUUGGAGCGAUCAGAGAAAAAAAAUACAUCAAAGAAACGCGACCACCGGUAAAAUAUGUAUUGGAUGUGACGAUUGCUUAUCCACACAAAAUGCCGCUUUCACUUGUUACACUGAGCUUUGGCACUCGUGAACCAUGCGAUAUUGGUGUACAUUAUAAAAUUUAUGAUGCUAGUGAUGUACCGUUUGAAGAUGAAGGGAAGUUGCGUGAUUGGUUAUACAGCGUUUACCAAUACAAAGAUAAUAUUCUUGAUCGGUACUACAAAGAAGGCGUUUUCGUACGUGGUGAGGAAGGCACUAGGGUAUAUUUUACGUGGUGGAGAAUUGUCGGACAGUAUAUUUUCUGGUUAACAUCGUUUUAUGUGCAAUAUCGAAUUUAUUCAUUCAUAUUACUUCAUUUUCUACGAAGCAUAGGUCUUAUAUCUUGAGACACUUAUAAUUUCUUAUCUCUCGAAGUACUCGAAGUUUAUGUUAUUGUACAUAUCAUUUGUACUGAGAGGGCAUUGUUUUCUUUAAAUAUAAGAUGAGGAUUAUGUUUUCCAUGAUCGCGAAGUAGACAGUUAGCAUGAACUUUGGAAUGCUUAUAUUUGGUCUCAGCUUUGUCUCUUUGUCCAUAGCAGUCUAAUUAGCGAACUAUUCUCCUGCUGAAUUAUUUCCUAACUUUCAAAUUUUUUAAGUUGUCAUUUAAUGUUUUAAGUCAAUUUCAGUUUUAUUUGCUUUAAAAUUUUCGUCCUAAUUAAUUCACUUAGGAUAACAAGCCUUUAGAAACUAAUAAUUUUGAAUUUGUACUCUUUUAUCAGUACCAGUCUUGAAGGUGUAGGCUU